AUGUUGUGUCUGAGUUUGAGCAGUGUCGUCUGCUUGCAAUUCCAGCUGGUGAGUGAGCAACAAGAGAGCCGCCCCCUGCUAAGCCCCUCCAUCGACGACUUUCUCUGUGAGACCAAGUGCGAUGGAGCUGCCCGCCCAGUGACUUCAAACACAGCAGUUCUGACCUCCACAUUGGACCUAUUGGACCUCAGCGAGCCCGGAGAGAGAAUGAACAGCAAACAGGACAAGAGCCCUCUGUCGUUGUCGCAUGGGGAAGGGCCCAAGAACGGGCCUCACCGAAAGAAGACAACAGAUGAGACAGAGCUGAUCCGUGUGGCUGUGGAACAGACUGCCCCCAGCUCACACACUCCCGACUCAGUCAUCAUUGCCUCUCCUUUGGAGAAAUGGGAGGAGCUCAACCUUCACCCUGAAAGAAACGGCAGCAGAAAGUGGAAAUUGGAAAGACAACAUUCAUCGAGAAACUCAUCCAGCGAACAUCUGUGGUCCAUAGACUGCAAAACACAACCAGAGGCAACCUCCAUGAACUCAUUGGAAGGGAAUACCAAAGCAGAGGCAGAGCCAGCUCUAGCAUUUCAAGGCCGUUUGAGUAAAGAGCGGUUCGGUGGCGGUCUCCUGUCCAGAAACCAGUCCCUGGAGGAAGAGUUUGAGCGCGCCAAGGCGGCUGUCGAGUCAGACACAGAGUUCUGGGACAAGAUGCAGGCAGAGUGGGAGGAACUAGCGCGACGGAACUGGUUAACGGAGAACGAGCAGGCCCAGACCCCCUCCAGUGUGUCGCCUCACGAGAAGGGCUACUACUUUCACACGGACAACCCCUACAAGGACUGGCCCAACGCAUUUGAGGAGGGGUUUCGAAAGUCCAAAGAGGGAGAUCUGCCCAACGCUGUCCUGUUACUGGAGGGGGCCAUUUUACAGGAUCCCCAGGACUCAGAGGCUUGGCAAGUGUUGGGGACCACCCAGGCCGAGAAUGAGAACGAGCAGGCUGCUAUUGUCUCCCUCCAAAGGUGUCUGGAGCUCCACCCCAACAACCUCCAGGCCCUCAUGGCCCUGGCGGUGAGCCUGACCAACACGGGCAUGAGGCAGGAUGCCUGCGAGGCGCUGCUGUGCUGGCUCCGCCACAACUCCAAGUACAAGCACCUGCUGAAGAGCAAGAGACACCUGGCGGGCUCCCCGGGCUCCCAACGUAGGAUGUCUCGUGUCUCUACUGUGGGCAGGAAUGAGAGCUCCCUAUUGCUGGAGGUCAAGGAGUUGUUCCUGGAGGCUGCCCAGCACAACAGGGAUACCGACCCGGACCUGCAGACGGGCCUGGGCGUGCUGUUCAACAUCAGCGCUGAGUUCAACAAAGCAGUGGAGGCCUUCAAUGCUGCCCUGUCAGUGCGGCCUGAGGACUACCUGCUGUGGAACCGCCUGGGUGCCACGCUGGCUAACGGGGACCGCAGCGAGGAGGCAGUGGAAGCCUACACCAGAGCCCUGGAGCUCCAGCCGGGCUUCAUUAGGUCCCGCUACAAUCUGGGCAUCAGCUGCAUCAACCUGGGAGCACACAGGGAGGCGGCCAGUAACUUCCUAACGGCCCUGAGUCUGCAGAGGAAGAGCCGGAGUCGGCAGCUCUCGCACCAGGUCAUGUCGGGGAACAUCUGGGCCGCCCUGCGGAUAGCCCUGUCCAUGAUGGACCAGCCGGAGCUCUUCCAGGCGGCCAACAUCGGAGACCUAGACCUACUCAUGAAAGCCUUCAACCUGGACAUGUGAGUGGAGAUGAGCCAUGGAGACAAGGCUCUACUCUCCUACCAACAGCCAAGAAUCCAAAGUGUACAGAUGGAAAGAGCGGUUUUGUCCAGUUGAUGACUAGUGUGUGGUCUUUUUUUGCACGCACUACAAUAAUUUGCCUAUCUUCACUACUCCUAAGUACCUCUGCAGUCUUGAGUACUGCAUGUGCUCGAAGAAGAGACUAUUUUGCGAUGGAUUUGCACUGCAAUUUGUGAUUUUUCCAGGAGAUCACAAGGACGGGCAAAGAUUGUACAAGUAGGGUAGAGUGGGGUAAGGCAUGCCAAUGGGUUGGAUGAGCCACCCCUUGUUUCUAGGAAACCAUACACAAAAUGAAUCAUGUGACCAAAUAUUUAGGACGGGGUUAUAAUUUCAUGAAGUCUGUGAAGAAAGAAACCACAUGGAACAAGUGGUAAGGAAGUUUUCACAAAGUCAAAUUAAUGUAUUAUUAUAGGUUUCAUGACGCUUGUUUGUAAACCAAAGUAGAUAGUUUUAAGACUGGUUUAUACAUCAGUUUGGGUCUGUAUAAGCUACAAUAUGAGGUCCUUAACCUAGCAUGAAAGUGCAUCAACGUAGCUGUGUGGCCUAAUAUAGUCAAAAUGGUUGCUUUGGGGUAAAGUUGAGCCAAUGGCUAAUCAAUACAUCCCAUACAAAUGAUGCAUAGUAUUUUGUCAGUUGUAUGCAUAAUAUUUUUGCAAUUUGUCAUGCAUAUGAACUCGAUUUCUAUUGUUACAGAGCAGACAUCAUCAUGCCCUGUGUAUACAAACGUUUUUUUUUUAAGUAGGGAUCUGGCCCCUCGAGGUUCUUGAAAGAGCAGCCAAGGAAGUGAGAGAAGGGACGAAGUCUAUUUGAGCAGCAGCAAGGGAUGAACGUAAAACACGUAAAAGACACGUAAAACAAAAAAGAAAACAAAGAUUUACCUGUGUGCUAUGAUAGAGUAGCAGAGGCACAUAAAGGUCUUGUCUGAUGACAUGGAGGCUGAGCUUGCUAAACAGACCCGUUUUAUGGGCUUAGUAGCCUCAAAUGCAAAGAACUUGCUUACGAAUUGGUACAUCGAAACAACAUCCCAGUCCGUGACAAUCUUACCCCAAGGUGUUUCCACUUACCCUAUCCCCUUGCUAAAUUUACCCCAUACCUGGGGUAAAUUAUGCCAAGAGACCAUUUUUUUGGAUAUUCUGUUUUCAAAACAUACUGUAUGUUUAAAUGAAUUCAGAUUUUUCUAGGGAUACACAACAUCCUGAAAUAUAUAUAUAGAUAUUUUGAUAUUUCGACCUCAACAUACCCCACUCUCCCCUAAUGCCUUAAAGAACACCGAACACCGUGGAACUGAGCUAGAGAGAGAAAGUGAAAUGCUGAGAAUACUGUGGCUGAGCAGUGUUGAGGUUUGACAAAAACGGUUUCCUCAUCCAACUACAGUACUUUCAGAGUGUUCGGAUUGUCACACCCAUCGACCUACAGAAAGGAUUUAGUGAGUAAAAUCAAGACUACACCAUAAACUGUAGGACUCAAUCCGUUUUCAUCAGAAAAUCAAUAGAUCCUUUUAAGAGGUGGUUUAAUCAUCUUUUAAUUAAGGGAGGGAAAGCACUGCAUGGAAACUAAAGCAUUUCCUCAAAAUAAUGCAGUGGCACAAACAAAAGUUUUGAAUUCUUUAACUUUUCUUGCACUUUGAAAACAAACUGAUAAUUUCCUCCUAUCUUAAUGAAAUUUGCAGAUUGUAAAGCCUUUACUCGAAACGCAUGCUAAAACAAUAUAAACAUUUACACACA